AUGUCGGGCAAAGCCACCCCCAAACAAAGUGUAGGCCCCGACUACCGCUCCGAGAAGCAGAAGCCCAUCGCCACAGUCUCCAAAGAAGUCUCCUUCGAGAAUGUUCACACCCUGGCCCAGACCCCCCAGCUCAUCGCCCUCCUCACCAUGAUCCGGGACAAGAACACGGAUCGGGCCGACUUCAUCUUCUACUCUAACCGCAUCAUCCGGCUACUCGUCGAAGAGGGCCUCAACCACCUCCCCGUCGUCGAGCACACCAUCACGACACCCGUGGGCCGCACCUAUGCCGGCGUCAUGUUCCAGGGCAAGAUCUGCGGCGUGUCCAUCAUGCGUGCCGGCGAGGCCAUGGAGGAGGGCCUGCGCAACUGCUGCCGGAGCGUGCGCAUCGGCAAGAUCCUGAUCCAGCGGGACGAGGAGACGAGCCUGCCGAAGCUGUUCUACGACAAGCUGCCCGAGGACAUUGCCGAGCGGUGGGUGCUGCUGCUAGAUCCGAUGUUUGCGACCGGUGGGAGUGCGACGAUGGCUGUCGAUGUGCUGAUCUCGAGGGGUGUGCCCGAGGAGCGGAUCUUGUUCCUGAACUUGAUUGCUAGUCCGGAGGGCAUCGAGGUGUUCGCCAAGAAGUUCCCCAAGCUGCGGGUGGUGACGGCGUUCAUUGAUCAGGGUCUCGAUGAGAAGAACUACAUCAUCCCGGGUCUCGGAGACUUUGGAGACAGGUUCUAUACCAUGUAG